CUAUAAAAAUAGGUCCAUGGUAAUGUAAUAAUACCGUAUAGUUAUUACCUGAAAUACCUGUAUCAGUGUAUAGUUAUUACCUGAAUACCUGAUAGUUAUUACCUGGAAUACACACAGCUGAUAUUUUUUUCCUUUUUUUUUUCUUGGGUGUGAAUUUACAUUUCAUUUCAAUACAUUACCACAUGGAUUGCUGCAUAUUAACCCUUCAAAGUAAAAUUAUAACAGUAACACUUGUAUAGUUAUUACCCAAAAAAUUAUUUUCCCCUUUACUGUUAGUUUGAUAGGAUUAUCCAUUGUUUGUAAACCACCACUAAUACAUAAUCGAGAGAGGGCGUUGUUUUAUUUUAUUAUUGUUACCAUUGUUAGUCAUAAUCAUUACAUUUUGUUUUUUCCUUGAGUCGCGGAACUGUUUCAAUCGAAAGUAUUGUAUUAGGACUAGAUAUCAAAUACUGAUUGAUAUUAUCAAUUUAUCAACUCGACAUCUAGAUAGAAACUGAGCAAUACAGUUUCAUCUUUGAACAAUAACUACCACAUUUGGCUGACAAUUAUGAGUUAUAAUAUGUCAUAUCAACCAGCAUACUCCGUCCAGAGACCCCCGUAUCCAGCCCAACCCCAACAAUCUUAUCAACAGCAGGCACAGCCUAGGUAUCCGGCAUACCCUUCUUACCCACAGUAUACUCAACCUCCACAACCAAGUCGGCCGCCUCAGCGUGCACCAGCUCCGCCUCCUCCACAGCCUGCUCAAAGAACACCUCCAAAAGAGCCUAGCCAGUUUCCUCUCUUGGAAAAAUUAACUACUGAAGAACUCCAAGCCCUGCUUGAAAAUGAAGAUAAAAUUAUUGACAUGGUCAAGGAUUUAGAAUCUGUUCAAAAAGAGAAGUUAAACAGAGAGAUGUGUCUGGCAGAGAAUCGUAGCCUAGCAGAAUUCAAUCUUUCAAGGGAACCUCGACUUAUCGAAGGCAGGCAAAAGCUUGCAAGAUCAUACGAGAAGAAUCAGAAAAUUAGGGAAGCUUUUGAACAACACUCAGCAAACCUUGCCCAGAAGCAGAAGGAGAUGAUAAGUAAUUCACAUCAGCUUCCAGUCAAAAACUCAACAACUAUUCUGUCCAGCAAGCAUUCCCUCGAUUCAGUUUUAGCCCUGCUACAAGCAGCAACAUCACAAACUGAAGAUGAUGCUGAGGUUAUAGCAGAUGAGUUUUUAGAUGGAAAAAAGAAUGUCGAUGAUUUUAUUGAGGAAUUCAAAGCAAAAAGAAUAGUGUACAACCUGAAAAAAACCAAAUCAGAAGAACUUGCAAAACUUAUGCGAAAACAGCAACAGACUGUCCCUUCAAGUUUCAGCCACCAACCUUCCAUCCCCCCUCAUCAGGCACCAUAUUCAUCACACCAAGGCUAUCCAGGGCAGUCCCAUAUGAGUGCAUACAACAGUAGCCAGUACAUGCCCCAACAACCAAUGCCUACUAUUGGAGCAUAUCCAAGAUAAAUAUAUUUUGUGGAAAACGUGAAAUACAGGAUUACGACUCUAAGAUUGGCAAGGUUAUCUAAAUGUAUCGCUCACUAAACAGGAUUUAUGUAUCAAGGAAGAGCUUGGGGGGUGUAAGUUACCUUUAAAAAAGUGUCCCUUUCCCUUCCCACUGAGCAAAAAAAUAAUAAAGUUACAAAUCAUUUCAUAUCAUCUCAUUCCCAGAGCUAGCACCCAUUGUUUUCCCAUCAGCUCCUAUGUUAAAACCCAUAGAUAUGCUACUGCUAAGCAUAAUUUAUUGUUAAGAAUACUUAGUUCAAAGAUAUGCAUGGCGGAAGUAAUAAUAAUAUAUUAAUGCUUGCUGUACACCAUGUAGAUAGUUCUGAGAAGAACUGUUGUUGUUGGUUGAGAAUAUCUCAACAUUUUGAUUGAUUUGCUUUAAUCAUCUUCAGGAGUGUAAUAUCUGCAGAAAUUCCAAAAACAGUGAAAUACUUGUAUGUUUUGGGUAGUGAGACUUGCUGCUCAUUGGUUGAAAGUAAACAGUAGUUGAGACUACAUAUGAUAAGGCUAAUAUAAAAGCCAAAAUUCACAGACUGUGCAAAGAGGGUGGGGCAUGGCUGUAAUACUAUAAGUAGUAAACUAGACAACACAAGACAGAAAUGCACACUUGCCUCAAAACAUCUCCCAAAUGGCAGAGUAUGCAGGAGAGCACUACCUAUAAGGGCACAUAGAAAAAAGUUAUUAGAUUAUCACUUUUUUUUUUUAAAUUGAUGAGGGAAGGCAGUUUUUUUUAAAUUUUUUUUUUAAUCGGAACAAUAGAUUAUUUCGCUUUUGUUUUUAUCGA